AUGAACAGACUGGACAGUGCGAUCAUGGCCGGAUGGUCUGGACGAGCGAGAUUCUUGGAUGAUAACUGGAGCACGGCUGGACAAUGCGACGAAGACGACUAUGUCAAUCGGGUUCUCAAAGCCCAAAUCCACGAAGUUCAACCCAGGAGUACUCACGACCAAUCUGUUCAGGCUAAAGGUCUACAUCGUUAUUCCGAAUUAGACGGUCGAGAAAUAUCCCAAAGAUACGAGCUCCAUUCUGAGUGUCUGCUAUUGCCUGCGAGCGCCGAUGAACAGCACAGAGCUGACUUGGAUCUGGAAUACCAAGUUUCUAUCGGUCAUUUCAAUGCGAAUUCUUUGACACGGGACAGGUUUCCUACAUGCGAAGCCUUCGAACUUGAUUCUCGUCUUUUGGAGGAGAAUGAGAGUUUCGAAGUAUCGAAGGCGAAGAAGCAGAGACACCUGUCGCUUGCCGCAGGAAGUGCAGAUAUAAGCCCCGCAUUGGCCAAGAAAUUAGAAGAGGGCACCUUUAGUGUGAACGAUUGGAUUAUGAACGCGGCUAUGAACGAAGACAUUGGCCUCGUGCAGACUCUUCUUGACCUCCGUACAGACGAGGACGUAUUUGAUAGUAGCUCCCGAUGCUCGCCCAUUUGUAUUGCAUCUGAAUUCGGAGACAUUGCUGUUGUCCGCGCGGUGCUCGACCGCGGCGCAGACGUCAACAAGCCUGAUUCACGUGGAUUGCCGCCAAUUUUUAUAGCAGCAGCCAACAAGCAUCUGGGAGUGGUAAGACUUCUUUUGGAGCGUGGAGCCCUUGUCAAUGCUACUAGCCAGCAUGGGUCACUACUAUGCGAGUUGGCAGUAAAAGGAAAUCACGAAGCACUUCGCUUCCUGCUGAAUCGACACUCGGGAAAGAUUGCCGACUCUUAUAAUGAGAGCUCCAAAUCUCAGCCAGACACCCACAAAAAAGAUAUGAACCAAGCGCUAGUGCUAGCAGCGAAGUCUGGUAGCUCAGCGGCGAUGCAGGUCUUAUUGGAUCAUGGGGCGGGCGUGGAUCUUCUGCUGAAGGCCCCAGCUUCUGACCUUCUCAGCGCGCUGAUCGAGAGUGCAGUUUCAGGGAACUUUGAAGUUGUCAACAUUUUGCUGAUGACGAACGUGGAUGCCGCCGAACAGUCGUCAGCGCAAUUGAAAACGCAGACCGACCGCGUAUCACCCUACUACAUCUUCGAACAAGCAGUCCAAAAGCAUCCCUAUGAUGAGGCCAUCUGGACGAGAAAUGGAAGCGUCUCGUGGAAGACCACCUACGAUCGUGUCAACCAAUAUGCUCAAUUAUUCCUCUUUUAUGGCGUCAAGCCCGGACAAUUCGUCGCCUUCUUCAUGCAGAACUCUCCCGACUUCGCCUUCGCCUGGGUAGGACUACUCGCAAUCGGUGCCGCACCGGCCAUGAUCAACUACAACCUCACCGGCAAGGCUCUUCUCGGCUGCAUCGAAAUCAGUACGGCGAAGCUUGUGCUGGUGGAUGGAUCAGAGGAGGUCGCGGCGAAGUACCAAGACGUGAAUACCGAGCUCGACAUGAAGGGGAUCAAGCUUAUCAACUUGGCCGAAGAGAAGCCGAGGGUCUAUCAAAUGGAUCCGGUACGGCCGCACGACAACCUGAGGAAGGGAAUGAUGCCAGGUGACGCGAUGGCUCUUUUCUAUACCAGCGGAACUACUGGUCUGCCUAAGGCUGUGCUGUUCCCGGCGGCCGCCGCGGCAAGCUUGUCACUACAGGCAAGUCAGAACGAUUUGGGAUUCCAUCCGACUGCCGGUAACAGCGAACGAUGCUAUAUUUGCAUGCCAUACUAUCACGGGACCGGCGGCAUCACGAUGAUUUCACAGAUACUUUCGGGAUCCACGGUCUGCAUGGCUCCGAAGUUCAGUGUCUCGACCUUCUGGGACGACAUUCGCGACUCGAACGCCACCUGGUUCGUCUACGUCGGCGAAACGCUACGAUACCUCCUCGCCGCGCCGCCUUCUCCGCGGGAUAAAGAACACAAUAUUCAUGCCGUCUUCGGGAACGGUUGCCGUCCAGAUGUCUGGAGGCGAUUCCAAGAACGGUUCGGUGUUGACACCGUUUGCGAGUUCUACAACAGUACUGAGGGUGCCUUGGGGCUGCGCAACCUUUCACGAGGAGAUUUCUUUGCCAACGCUGUUGGCCACCACGGCUUGCUACUUCGACUCAAGUACAGGAACAUGUAUGUUCCUGUCGCCAUUGAUACGGAGACUGGUGAAGUUCAAAGAGAUCCUAAAACAGGGCUGGCGGUCCGGAUGUCUUAUGAGACUGGCGGAGAAAUAUUGGUAGAACACCCAGGUGAGAGGGCGUUUCCAGGUUAUUUCAAUAAUCCCGAUGCAACGGACAAGAAGUAUGUGAGGGAUGUCUUGAAGAAGGGAGACAUCUUCUACCGCACUGGUGAUUCUCUGAGACGGGAUGCUGAUGGCAGAUGGUUCUUCUUGGAUCGACUCGGGGACACCUACAGGUGGAAGGGUGAGAACGUGUCUACAGCUGAAGUGUCGGAAGUUCUCGGAGAAUACCCCGGUGUGAACGAGGCAGUUGUUUACGGCGUUUCCCUCCCUGGCCACGACGGAAAAGCUGGCGCAGCAGCUCUCGAUAUUGCUCCAGACAAGAAGGCGUCCUUCGACUUCGCUGACUUCCUGAAGUACUCCCGAUCCCGAUUGCCACGAUAUGCCGUGCCCAUUUUCGUUAGGCUGUUGAAUGCAAGCCAAGCCAGCCACAACAACAAGCAGAACAAGGUGCCAUUGAAGAACCAAGGCGUUGACCCGAGCAAAAUUGAGGGUGGUGAUCAGCUUCUAUGGAUUGAGAAGCACGGCAAGGGGAACACCUACGUUGCAUUUACGCAGGACGACUGGGACAACCUUGGGCAGGGCCGAGCGAAGUUGUAG